CGCCCUGCAUCCCUUGCCACUCACACCCCGGCACUCACCCUCAUCAUCAAGCCUCAGACUUGCGCCUAUAUACACAUCCAAGCCAAGCAGUCAAGCGUCCAAGCGUACAACACGCCCGCCCGCUCUCGAGGCGCAACCACAUCGCAGCACACUUGCCCCCACUCGACGACCAUGUCGCUGCUGAACCGCACAACAACAACCUCUCUUCCCUACGCGCUGGACGCAUCCACCCCCCUCUCCCCCUCCGAGCUCAACGUGCUUCGAGGUCAGUACGAAAAGGAAAGGGCGAGCGGACAUGCUACGACGCAGACCAAGUUCAAUUAUGCUUGGGGAUUGGUAAAGAGCGAUAAGAGGGAAGAGGUGGGCGAAGGUGUUGGCGUUCUUGCUGAUAUUUACAGAUCAGAUCCUCCUAGGCGAAGGGAAUGUCUGUACUACCUCAGCCUGGGACACUACAAGAUGGGCAAUUUUGAUGAAGCUAGGAGAUUCAAUUCCUUGUUGAUGGAGAGGGAACCGCACAAUAUGCAAGCUCAAUCAUUGGCUCAGUUGAUAGAAAAGGGCGUAAAGAGGGAGGGCAUCAUUGGCAUGGCCCUGGUCGGUACGGCAGCGGCUGCUAGCGCCGUCGUGGCCGCGUGGCUCUUGGGUCCCAGGAGAAGAUAGUUUGCCUUUCCCCUCCCCCCUCUCCGCAUCCUUUUCAACUCUCACGAAUGGCGGCGGCGGCAUACCUGAACAUCUUUUGACGCAUGAUGCACCCGUUCGUGAAUUGUGAAUCUCAUGCGGGGAUUUUUUCUGGUGUGCUUUCGGCAGGAAUUGAAAUCG